GCUGAUGGAACACAGUACGAACUUCGCUUGUCAGCCGAAUUUGUUCAGCACAGUCAGUAAGGAUGCGUUGGUGAUGGCGGAUGUCACAUGCCGGAAUCUUCUCGAUGAAGCAAAGAAUCAUCAACUUCUGCAACUAUCGACGUAUGAACGACCGGUAAUGCAAGGAACGCUCACUAGACCACGGAAAUCACUCAGUUUUGGCGAGAUAGAUGUGAAAUGCGUGACGAUUCUUUCAGAAAUUGACCAACGCCGUCCACUUUUCCUUGAUUCCAAUCUGGUGAUGCAACGGUACAUCAUUUAUACCUACAGAGUCAUAGAGCUUAUCCAACAAAUUUGA